UACUUUUCACUGUCAGUUACUGUAAAUGAGGUGGAAGCAUUGCGCGAAUUGUUCAACCAGUUGAGUAGUUCGAUUCUUGAUGAUGGCUUAAUUCACAAGGAGGAGCUCAGGUUGGCGCUAUUCAAAACUCCAGCAGGUGAAAAUCUUUUCCUGGAUAGGGUGUUUGAUGUUUUCGACGAAAAGAAAAAUGGCGUGAUUGAAUUCGAGGGGUUUGUCCAUGCACUUAGUGUUUUUCAUCCAUGUGCUCCUCUUCAAGACAAGAUUGAUUUCGCAUUUAGGUUGUAUGAUUUGAGACAAACUGGAUAUAUUGAGCGGGAAGAAGUCAGGCAAAUGGUAGUUGCCACUUUGUUGGAAUCUGGAAUACAUGUGCCAGAUGAAACUCUCGAAGCGAUCGUCAAUAAGACAUUUGCAGAUGCUGAUUCUGACAAGGAUGAUAAAAUUAGCAAAGACGAAUGGAAAGCUUUUGCUCUUCAGCACCCAACACUUCUAAAGAACAUGACGCUUCAACAUUUAAAGGACAUCACGACAGUCUUCCCAAGCUUUAUUUUCAACACCGAAGUCGAAGACUAAUGUUGGCAAUGCUAUUCCUAAAGUAAGCUUGGAUACUGAGGCAUAGGUUAGAUGAUAUGGUGCGUUGUGGGAUUUUCUGGGUUGUGAUUUUUACUGCCUUGACAGUUCCCUCACUUCAACUGGCUUGGGAUUGAGAACGUGAAAAGCAGCCCCAAGCUUCAACUCACUUUCAAUAAAGCUUCAACUUGGCAAUUUGGAGAAAGUUCCAGACUAAAUGGCCCAGGCUAAAAUAACAACUCCCGAUUAUCCACUCAACCACACUCCUGAAAUUGGAUUAUAGAUAACUACUGAAGAAGUCUAACUUGGCUAUUUUGAGCA